GGAGAUCUGGCGCAAUGCUUACAGCAUUAAUCAAACUUCAGGCUGCUGAAUUGAGCUGGUUCUUCUAAUCCCUCGAUAGCUUGGAAGGUGGGGGUUGGAGUGAAAGAGUGGCUAUGAGGCUUGGCUACAGACCGAUUAGCACAAAGCACCGAUUGUGGCUGUGUCUUCGUAAACCCAGCCACAGAGAUUGGUUAUAAUAGCGAGUUCACAACUAGACGGCUCAAGACACUAACUCGCAUCCCUUCAAAAAGGAGUGUGUCUCGCUCUGCAGGCUGUGUGUGAAGAAUGAAGAGAUUCAUUGUCCUAAUGCUUCUGGGCUUCUUGUUUGCUACCCAAGCUGUGCCCUCUCAUCGUAUGUCAUGCUACAAGAAGAUGCUGAGAGGACGAAACUGCCAUGAUAUCCCCCCAGGGACUGAUCACUUGCGACCCAUAGACCAGGGUCUGGUGGAUCACUUCUGGGACGGAGACAGCUGUGAGGUCGUCUGCUACUGCAGCUUUCGAGAGUUGCUCUGUUGUCCCAAGGACAUUUUCUUUGGACCAAAGAUUUCUUUUGUGAUCCCUUGCAACUCCCAAUAAAAAAAGGAAAUUUAACAGCAGAGGGAAAACAGUUCACUGCGUGGAAUCAGAUGGACGAUUGGGUGAUUUCUUGUAUACAUAAUAUUUUUUAAACAUGUAACCAAUGCCACACAAUAAGGUGUCCAAUAACCUUGUUGAUUCACGAAGUUAUAUAAUGUAAAUAAAACUUGCAUGUUCUUUCAUCCAGUUAACCUUCCCAAUCCCUUUCUACUGUUAAGACAACUUACUUUACAUUUAUUAAUAAAGAAAUACAAUUUUUUCAUGAAAAACCAAAAUGUUCUUGUGACUGCGUAUCCAAAUGAAUUACACAGAACCAUAGGAAUUUACAAUGGGGAAGAUGGUCACAUUGCCAUUAAUGUCUACAUGGGCAACAGAAGGUAGGUAGGCUAUUCCCAUCUCUUGGACCAUAUGGCAGAGUUUUGCUGGUGCUCAACCAGAUAUUGAUCUUAAAAAAUAAUAAUUGGCCUUUCCAAACUUUGCAAGCAGUAAGUUUCAUCUGCUGAAAAUUCUGAAGGUAAAAACUUUUCUUCCCCCAAUGUCCUGCAAAUCAUUCUGCCCACUGCUGCAAAUCUACAUUCCCAAACUAAUGAAAAUAUAUCUUUCACAAACAAGAGCAAAUCUGCAGAUGCUGGAAAUCCAAGCAACACACACACACACAAAAUGCUGGAGGAACUCAGCAGGGCAGGCAGCAUCUACGGAAAAGACUACAGUUGACGUUUUGGGCUGAGACCCUUCGGCAGGACUGGAGAAAAAAAUUGAAGGGUCUAGGCCUGAAACGUCGACUGUACUCUUUUCCAUAGAUGCUGCCUGGCCUGCUGAGUUCCUCCAGCAUUUUGUGUGUGUUGCUUGAAAAUAAAUCUUUACUGCACCCCAUCCUGGCUUCAGAUAUAUCUAUUCAUCAGUAUUAUUCUGCUUUAAUGUUGCCCACCCUACCAUCAGCAUCAACUAAUCCACUUAUUUCAAUGUAAAUGUUCGUAACCUGUACAAGUUCUGUUAUUGAAAUGUUACAAAUGAAACCUUCAAGCAUAACAUAGAAAGCAUUUACCAUCGAGGGUUUUCAUUCUUUGUAAUUUUUUUGUGUUGUAGCUGUUUUAUGAUUUAAUA